CGAGUGUCUUAUGCAGAAAGGUGUGAGUCAGACAAGAACACAUUUAGCAGAUUUGCUUUCGUUCUCCAUUCUUUCAUCUAAAAGGAUCUCAGAGGGUUGCAAGCAUCAGAGAAUUACAAGAGAAGACCUAAACUUCAAAGGCCAAACAGAGUGAUAAUGGAAGAACAAGACACCAACAAACCCAAUGGUUCAAUUUCUGAAGAAGCCAAUGGCAGUUUCCACCUUGAAUCUCCAAAUAUAAGUAUUAUUGAUGAUAAGGACAUUCAGAAUGGACCUGGCUUUGAUCAAGGCAGUACAAAAACAAUCCUGAAAACCAGCAUAAGCCCAGGAGGAGUAAAGGGUGGCAAAGUGAGUUUUGGCACUGAGAGUACUGAAGUUAGGCACUCUGACCGUACAAGUACUAGCUCUAACAUAGAACCUGAUGAUGUUCUGUGUGAUUCGUGCAUUGAUGAUAAGAAGAAGGCUGUUAGGUCUUGCCUGGUCUGUCAGACAUCCUUCUGUGAAACCCAUCUCAAGCCCCAUUUGGAGGGUGCAGCUUUCCGUGACCAUAAGCUUUUGGAACCCAUUAGUGACUUUGAGGCCAGAAAAUGUCAGCUCCACAGCAAAACAAUGGAGCUGUUUUGUCAAACUGACCAAACUUGCAUAUGCUACCUUUGUAUGUUCCAAGAGCAUAAGAACCAUACCACAGUGACUGUAGAAGCUGAGAAGUACGUUAAGGAGACAGAGCUGUCGGAAAUUCAAGAACAGCUUCACCUUCAGAUCCUUGAUGUGGAUGAUGAAGUAGAGAGAUGGCAGAAAGAGAAGGACCGCAUAAGGAAUUUCACAACCAACCAAAAGUCAGCUGUGGAUCACUGCUUCAAAGAUUUAAUAAGAGAGCUUCAAAGACAACAGGAGGAGGUGAAGGCUCAGCUGGAGCAAAAAGAAAGGAAUGCAAUAGACCUUGUUGAGCAGAUAGUGGGUGACCUACAAGUGAAACGCGAUCAGCUGCAAGAUAAGCAACAUGAUGGAGAUACACUUCUUCGUACCACUGAUGCUGUACUGUUUUUGCAGGAGUUUCAGGUGGUGAUCAGAAAUGCUCCCCCAAUCCCUCCAUUGCCUACAUACACAGUGACAUUGGAUGGAGAAAAGGUGACCCAAGCCAUGGGCAGUUUGAAAGAGGAACUAGUGACAAACGGCAGGAAGCAUGUGGAGAAAUACAGCAAGAAUGAGGGACCAAAGAACUUGGUUGAAAAGAAUGUCGAGAAUAGGUACAUGAUGAAAGACCUUACAACAGACUGGGCCCCGACUUCUGACUAUGGAAGGUUUGGUGCACUUUUUAAUAUGAAAGGAGGUGGCCGGCCAUCGUUCCAAUCGCCCGCUGCCGGACGGAACUUAACUGACAGUUCUGCUACAUCAAUGAAUUCCAUGUUUACACAAAAAGGCAGCCCUCAGGUCUCAGCAUACCAGUUCUCCUCUAAUGUGACAUCCACAGACACCAGCACUGUGCCAGACGGCAACCUUUAUAACAUGAACAUGUAUCCAAUGAUGACAAGGCACCAGCCAAAUAAGUCCUUGCCCCAAACAUGGAAAUCAGCUAAGCCGACCCUUUUGACCCAACAACGCCCUUUCUAUGUUAACAAGGGUAAUGCAGCAAAUACUGACUCGCCGUGAAUGAUUAGGAAGACCAUGACAGAUUAUGGCAGCAGGGCAAGGAUAUUUACUUUAAAAUAAAAGUUUGAAUUUCUGGUCUUGGGGUUUGGGGGAGGGGGCGAUUAGCUUUGUUACCGACAUAUCAGCAAAUGUGUCACAGGGCACAAAAAAAUAAAAUAAAUUCCUGGUGGGUAAAUUUUAUUUUCAACCAACAUUAAAAAA